GCCAAGAUGGCUCAUAUUGCGUCUCCGUCGACCACGAUAACGCACUUGCUCUAUGUCGAUGGCGAACAUGUUCUCAUAGAUCUUCCGGAGCGCGUGACGUGGCGAGCGAGAUAUGCGCCGUACUUCCGAUCGCUAUUGACUUUCUGACAACCGACAGCCGGUGGUCGCGAGUACUUGAAGCGCGCCGACGAGCAGAUGCAGUGAAGCCCACAAAGCAAUCAUGACCAUCACGAACCAGGCCCCCCGCUCUACCGACCCCGCGGUGUACGAGUCCUACGCUGCCAAGUGGGCCAAGCUGCCCUCUUCCGCGGACGAGUGGCUCGCCCGCGCCCGUGAGGUCGCCGACAUCCUGCGCCAGGACGCGACGCAGCGCGACGCAGCCAACGCCUCGCCUGUGGCUGAGGUCGCGCUCCUCAAGCACUCGGGUCUCCUCAAGGUCGUCGGCCGCGAGAAGUACGGCGGCGGCGGCCAGCCCUGGUCUGUCGGGUACGCCGUUACGCGCGAGGUCGCCAAGGGCGACGGCAGCAUCGGCAUGCUGCUGGGCUACCACACACUGUGGAGCCAGAUCGCGGACAUCGUCGGCUCAGAGGAGCAGGCCGACGCGCUGCACAAGCUCUAUGUGACCAACAACUACUACAUCGGCGGCGCGGUGAACCCGCGCGACAACGACCUCAAGAUCAAAGAUUUGGGCGACGAGAUUGCCUAUUCGGGCUUCAAGCACUUCACGACGGGCGCAGCCAUCUCGGACCUCAUUGUCCUCGAGGGCGCCGUCGAGAGCGGCGAGCACAUCUUUGCCGUUGUGCCCACCAAGCAGAGCGGCAUCGAGUUCGCUUACAACUGGAACAACGUGGGCCUGCGCCUCACCGAGAGUGGCAGUGCGACCAUCACCGACGUGCGCGCGCCAUGGUCCGCCGCCCUGGGGUGGAAGGACAAGAAGAUCGACCCCGCCGUCCUGGGCGUUCCGUACGCCACCCUCCUCUUGCCCCUCAUUCAACUCAUCUUCUCCAACUUCUACCUCGGCAUCGCGCAGGGCGCCCUCGCCACCGCCAAGGGCUACACGACGACGACGACGCGCCCAUGGCCCUUCGGCGGCGACAACAAAGACAAGGCAACGGACGAGUUUUACAUCCUCGAGCGGUACGGCAACUUCUACGCCCACCUCACGGCCGCCGAGGCGCUCACGGACAAGGCGGGGGCCGCCGCGUCGGCCCUCAUUGCCAAGCACGCCGGAAACCGCGCGGGCUUGACGGCGCGCGAGCGCGGCGACUUUGCAGAGCUUGUCGCCUCCGUCAAGGUCGUCAACACGGACACGUCGCUGCGAGUCACCGGCGGCUUGUUCGAGGUUACGGGCGCGCGCGCGACCGCGUCCAAGGUCGGCUUCGACCGUUUCUGGCGCGACGUCCGCACCCACACGCUCCACGACCCCGUAGCGUACAAGAACCGCGAGCUCGGCCGCUACGUCCUUCUCGACGAGGUGCCCGAGCCGACAUGGUACACCUAGUUGCUCGCUAGAUGAUAGUUGCACAGUUGUAUAACUUGGGAAUGACAUGCUCUGACAUG